CAUAAAUCGUUUCUCAUCAAGUAAGCAACCCGGCUAAUUCCCAACGUCCACUGUGUAUAUUUGUAUUUUAUUUAAAAAAAAGUUAGUCUACCAGUUUGAUACAUCAUGGAGAAAAGACCAAUCAAAUUUGGGAUUAUUCUUACUUUGGCUGUUUCAGCACUCCUUUUCUUUGAGGAUGCUGUGCCUGUUUCCCAUUUACGGAGGGCAACACCCAGCAGCAAUGACGAGACCACUCCAGCUACGCUGUCCGCCUACUACAUAUGCGUCAGAAUCACCAACCGGAUUUACACUGAGUCACUCAAUAAUCAAAGCUCUAAGGAGUACAAACAGCUGAGGAAACAGGUGGAGCAGAUGGUGGAUGACAUCCACAGCCCUUUGCCAGCGUCUGACAAAUAUAUGGGUGUAUUUGAUAUAAUCUUCAGUAAUGGAUCCGUCAUUGCAAACUCGACAGUAAUGUUUGGGACUACAUUCAUGAUCACUCCAACUUUGGUUAAAAGUCUAUUUUACACACAUAUCCAGUCAAAUAAAUCCAAAACCCUUGACCUGGACCGCGCCUAUACUGAAGGUCAACAUCCAAUAAAAGCCACACUACCUCUUGUAGCACGUACCACAGCAACCGUAGCUGCCUUAGUUAGUAUGGCUAGCCGUUCAGGAAGGGACGGGGAUGUAACUACAUCUACAGCAAAUACUUCAUCUGGCAACAUCACAAGUAGUCAGACCCUCACAACCACCACCACUAGUCCUGACAAAAACAAUAUAUUUAGCAGCAUAACCACUCAUAUCCCUGAAGACCAUAACAGUACAAUUAGCAGCAUUACCACCCCUAGUCCUGAAGACCAUAACAGUACAAUUAGCAACAUAACCACCCCUAGUCCUGAAGACCAUAACAGUACAAUUAGCAGCAUUACCACGCAUAUUCCUGACGACCAUAACAGUACAAUUAGCAACAUAACCACCCCUAGUCCUGAAGACCAUAACAGUACAAUUAGCAACAUAACCACCCCUAGUCCUGAAGACCAUAACAGUACAAUUAGCAACAUAACCACCCCUAGUCCUGAAGACCAUAACAGUACAAUUAGCAACAUAACCACCCCUAGUCCUGAAGAGCAUAACAUUACAAUAAGCAACAUAACCAACCCUGCUCCUGGAGACCAUAACAUUACAAUUAGCAACAUAACCAGCCCUAUUCCUGGAGACCAUAACAGUACAAUUAGCAACACAACUAACCCUAUUACCCCUAAAAAUCCUCCCCAGACCAUUAGCACGACUGUCUUUCAUAAAACCGUUCUAUCAACAACUACCUCGGGCCAAUCUAACCCCCCAGUUGCCCCUACUGAGAGAGCAACAAGCAGGUAUCAGGGUGCCACAGGCCAAACGACCAGUCAUAAGAACCCAGAGAAUACGGAGGCAACCCAUAAGACCACAGAGCAUGCUGCAGCUGUAGUUGCUGGGGGCGGAGAGGGAGUCCCAGGAUGGGGGAUCGCUCUAUUGGUACUGGCUGCCCUGAUCUUGUUAAUCCUCCUUAUUCUCCUAAUACUGCUGCUAGUCUGGUUGUGCUGUAGGCAGAGAUAUGGAAGCUUCAGCCCAUAUAACCAGAUCAACCACGGGGCAGACAUCCAAAUGUACUCCACACACAGCCGCUUCAACGUGCCCAACGGCAAGCCUAAUGACGAAAUGGGAGAACCAUCGAAAAACCAAACAGGGAUGUAUGUGGUGAACGAGUACUGACACAAAGAAGCUCCAGUCAAUUGGGUAAGAAGACCAUCUGAAAUGGCCGUAUGAAGUAAUAUGCAUGGGAGCAAUGACAAUUCUGUACAAAUGGUUCAAUUAUCUCUGAAGUAUCUGAAUGAAGAUCAUGGCAUUGGCUCACUGAUUGUCAUUUCAACCUGUAUUUAUUCAAAUCACAUUUAUAAAGCCCUUUUUACAUCAGCCGAUGUCACAAAGUGCUAUACAGAAACCCAGCCUAAAACCCCAAGCAGCAAGCAAUGCAGAUGUCCUAAUGUUAUUUUAUUCCUAAUGCUUUUACCAGUGGAGGCUGCUGAGAGGAGGACAGCUCAUAAUAAUAGUUGGAAUGGAGUCAAUGUAAUGGUAUCAAACACAUAAACACCUGGUUUCCAUGUAGUUGCUACCAUUCCAUUCUAUUAUUCUGUACGUAAAUCCGAGACACUCCAUUUAGUAUAUGUUACUCCUCCCUGACCAACCUCCCUACUUUAGUUUCUGUCUAAAGUAACUAGGCCAUUAAAAGGUAUUAUGUGUCUUCACGUGCUCAGAAAUACGUAAAGUAUGUUUUGAAUGGCUCUGAGGUCAGGCUGGCCAUUUUGGCUUCAUUGUGGCAAUAAUUUGAGUUGUAUUUUCAGUCUUUACUGAAGGCAAGCUUAACCUUGGUAUAUAAAAAAAAGAAAGCUGAUCCUAGAUCAGUAAAUGGGAUCAACAUAUGUAUCCUGCAAUGAACAUGUAAGAAGAAUGAGUCGGGGUGCAAAUGCCCAAUCAGGUACAGUUAACAAGAAGUUCAUUGUUUUCAAAGACUAUAAAUCAAACCUUUUGACUUGGGCUGAGAGAUCCCGAUGUAAUUCCCUACCGCUGGAUAAGACAUGCUUUGAGAUAGGAUGCUAGCAUGCCAAAUAGUUAACUAUUCCACAAACACAACCCAGUGAGUUAAACACCAAUGUGAUGUAUAUUUGACAAUCUGAUUAAAUAAAUCCACCAUUAUUAAUCAAAUCUGUGAGAUGUAACUAUCUGUAGACAUUUGAAGUGACCGUGCAUUGACGCUUUAAACUUUGCAUAAAAAUACAUCUAAAUCAUUUUUAGAUUAAAUAUUUUGUAAAUAAUAAAGUGUCAGUUAGAUUUUUAUGGGCA